GCCUCCGGCCUUGGGGCGCCGAGGGAGGCCGGUCGCAGCUCUGGGACGCUGUAACUCAGUGGGGCGAGAUGUUGCGGAUGCUGGCCCGGUUGUCUCUGCGUAGACCCGUCCUUCUCGACGGCGCCUGCGGAAGGGCGCUGUGGACGGGUCGCCCGCAGUCAGAUACUGACAAUAUGAAGCCACUGGAGGGAGUGAGAAUUCUGGAUCUAACAAGAGUAUUGGCAGGACCUUUUGCCACUAUGAACUUAGGAGAUCUUGGAGCAGAAGUUAUAAAAGUGGAAAGACCAGGAGCUGGUGAUGACACACGAACUUGGGGACCUCCUUUUGUGGACACAGAAAGUAUAUAUUUUCUCAGCGUCAAUCGAAAUAAAAAAAGUAUGGCUGUCAAUAUGAAGGAUCCAAAAGGAGUGAGAAUCAUCAAAGAGCUUGCAGCAGUUUGUGAUGUGCUUGUGGAAAACUAUGUCCCUGGCAAACUGUCUGAGAUGGGCCUAGGAUACGAAGAUAUAGACAAGAUUGCUCCUCACAUCAUCUAUUGUUCCAUUACAGGGUAUGGCCAGACAGGAUCCAUGUCUCAGCGUGCUGGUUAUGAUGCUGUUGCCUCUGCUAUUUCUGGUCUGAUGCAUAUCACAGGGCCUGAGGAUGGGGAUCCAGUCCGUCCAGGAGUGGCCAUGACUGAUCUUGCCACUGGCCUGUUUGCUUAUGGAGCCAUUAUGGCUGGAUUGAUACAACGAUACAGAACUGGAAAAGGACUGUUCAUCGAUUGUAAUCUUCUGUCAUCUCAGGUGGCAUGUUUGACCCAGGUAGCUGCCAAUUAUCUUAUUGGGCAAAAGGAAGCAAAGCGCUGGGGCACAGCUCAUGGCAGCAUUGUUCCUUAUCAGGCUUUUAAAACCAAGGACGGCUAUCUUGUAAUUGGAGCAGGAAAUAACCAACAGUUUGCUACUGUAUGCAAGAUCUUGAAAUUGCCUGAGUUGACUGAUGACUCCAAGUAUAAAACCAACCAUCUUCGGGUACAGAAUAGGAAAGAACUUAUUCAAAUAUUAUCUGCACGGAUUGCAGAAGAAACCACCGCCAAGUGGCUAUGUCUCUUUGAAGGCAGUGGGAUCCCAUAUGGCCCAAUCAACAGCAUGAAGGAUGUGUUUUCAGAGCCCCAGGUAUUACACAAUGGCCUUGUCAUGGAGAUGAAGCAUCCCACUGUGGGGAAGAUCUCAGUCCCAGGCCCAGCUGUAAGAUACAGUAAGUUCAAGAUGUCAGAGGCAAUGCCACCUCCCCUGCUAGGGCAGCAUACGACUCACAUCCUGAAGGAGGUCCUCGGAUAUGACGAUGGGGCUGUCUGGGAGCUACUCAGCAGUGGUGUGGUAGCACAGCAUGAAACCAACUGACAGAGGAAAACGCUGGCUCUGAAAACUGCACCUGACUGGCAGAGGCGAUGCUCCUCGGUCCUACAUUCCUCCCUGUGCUCAUCCUAAGGAAAAGCAGAGGGAGGUGAACUCAGAUUCCCUGGAAUCUCUGCAAUGAUUUAAUUAAUGAGUCUAGUGCCUUCAGAUAUAACCCAUUCUUAAAUCUAUUACCUUUACUGCUUUUUUCCCCUAGAAAAAGGCUUAAUUAUUGAUUUGUGAACUUUGACUAAUUCUUUUGUUCUCAUUGAAAAAACUGAUAACUGAGUGAUGGGUAUGUUGUCCUAAUCUGAUCCUCCACAAUGUAUUCAUGAAUGGAAAGAUCACAUUAUACCCCAUAAAAUGUACAGUUUUGAUUGGUCAGCUAAAAAUAAAGCAUAAGAAAUUA